AUGAAGCCGGUGGGUCGCGCUGACUCCGACGAGUUUUCGGGAGAGCUGGUUUUCUCAAACCAACCUGUUUCUAGUGCGACUGAGAAUGUGAGUGUGCCGGCCGAGGAGGAUAUCAUGCGCCUCCCCUCCCUUGGCGAGGGGUACAAAAGCAGCCUCUUGCAACCAAGCACUGCCGCGUCUGGGAGUUCGAAGGCGUCUUUCAUGCGCUGGCAUUCCCAGGGACACCUUUUGAUGGAGCUAAAACGUGAAGACGAGCGUCUUCGUCGAGAGGCUAAGGCGCAAUUGGAAAGCUCAUCAUGCGGCGAUUCAAUGUACGAGGGCGAUUUCGGAUCGAUGAAGGCUCCGGAGAGCGCAGACCGCGACCAAAAAGACUCCAUGGCGCGUCUGCACUCUCUGUUUUUCACUUCCGAAUCGAAGCUGCAGCCCGUCAACAACGCUGUGGUUUCGUUUCUGCUGAAGACGUUUCGCCAGUUAGACGAGUCAAAGUUGAUUUCUGCCCCUUUCGAGCUCACUUCCGAGGUAGAAUCGUUCCGCGUUCGUAUAUUCGAGGUGAUGAACAAGGAUUUUAAUAGCGUGAGUUUGUCGGAGGCGCUGCUCACGGUCGCCUUCAACCACUACGCCGGCGUCUCCCACCCCGGAUACAUGACUCUGGACGAAUACAUGUCCAUGAUGUCCUUGUACAAGGGGGUAUUUGCGAACGAAACAAUGACACGGUUCGUGUUCGACUCCAUGGACCGCCGCCGAAAGCUGAUGAUUACACUGAACGAUUUCAUUGCCGGCAUGAUGGCCUGCUCCCCGCAGGCAACGCACAAGGUGACCAGCGCAGCUGGCCGUCUGCGGCUGCAGCACAUCUUCAGGGCCUACGAUGUUAAGCGGAAGGGACAUCUUAACCAAGAUGCACUGCGCGUUCUGCUGACCCACAUACAGCAGCUUGUGCGCAUCGCCAACAGCUCGAAGGUGGAACGGAUGCCCGGCAUGAACGGCUCUUUCAUCGACAUACAUCGCAGCGAUUCGCUAGUAGAGUCGGACCCGCAGAGUGCCUCUUCCAAUUUGGACGAGAUGCUGGAGCUGAUCAUGUCAACUUAUGAAACUGGCUUUGGCUACGACGCAUUUUACUCAUCUGUGGAGAGCGGUUUGAUCAAGGAUUCUCACCUCUUGCUGCGUUCGGACAAGGACUUCUCCGAGCUGAUUGGCCAGCAUCUGAUCCAUGCGCUCGGUCGCGUGGUCAUCCCGUCUGAGGUGGCGGUCAAGGCCGAGGUUCCACCUCUUCCCGUCACGGAAACGCCACUACCGGAAGAGGAACAGAAGCCCGCACCAGUGAACGAGGAUAUGUCCUCUCGUUCUGUUGAUCGCACGAGGAAACCAUCCAUCUGGACUUCCUCCAACUCCCCAAGGUCGGCUGAGGCAGGCAGCCAGAUAGCGUCACCCUACUCCAGCACGUACGCCCGCGACGGCAGGGGGUAUUCCGCGGAGCCAUUCUACGGCAUUAGCGGUAUGCGUGACUCGCCUAGGUCCCUGUCGUCAAGGAGCCAUUACGGCCUUUCUGGGCCAGGCACCGAUCGCAAGCCGCUAUUCCAAUCCGGACCGCUGAAGGGCGGCUCUUUGGACGCUGCAAUGCGCCCGUUCAACGAAGACGCCUUCUUCCGGAAGCUUGCUCCGUACACAAAGGCUGGAAACUUCAGAUCAUAUGACUCCGACUAUGAACUUCGUCAAACCGGUGCCAAAUCAUCACCGUUGGGAUUGGGCAUGGGGAUAUCACAAGGCUCUUCCGCGUUUCAAGGGACCGCGGCCAUCAGCGAACCCGAGUUAUCUGCUGGCAAUCUGCUAUCGACUAAAGCUUUGGACAGCGCUCUCAGCGUCACCCGUGAACCGGGUGCUGCACGGGACAUUACUCCGUUCCUGCAGAAAAGCGACGUAUGGAACCGUGCGAAGAGCGUGGAGUGCCACACAGAGUGGAUGUCAUUUCGGAAGCGCGCUGACACGGAUGGCAUGUUGGGCACCUCUCGUAGCGCUGGCUACGCACGCACUUCUGGACCGAGUACUACAGGGUUCGGCUUUUCAGAACUUCGCAACCUUAUGGAAGACAAACUGGACAUUACCAAGUCCAUGCUAGUCUCGGGGUUGAACGCAUCAACCACGUCACCACCGGAGAACACCGCAGCUGAGACGUUGGCGUUGACAAAUGCGUCGCCCAGCAUGAUCGUAGUGUCACCUCGUCGACCUGGCUCGCAGUCGCAGGAAACAGCGGAAUACGACGUGGAUGCACCAGCUCCAGGGCGCCACAAUAGCGUGAGGUUCGAAGACUCUGUACCGGCGUCGUCUGCCACUGCGGCAUCGGAGUCCGAUCUCGAGGGCAUCCUUAGCAGGCGCCUGUCGGACCUCUGUCGCCGUUAUCGCGCGAGGUUCAUCGGGUUCAACAGUUCUGUGCUCGCUGACAGUACGGUUGCGUUGAAGGUGUACAGUGAGAUUUACACUCGGACGUUCAAGUGCCAAGACUAUUGGGGCAUCUUCGAACGCUUCCACUGGUGCUCCUACAACGAGCUGCUUGAGUUGUGCGACGUGGUUUGCGGAGUUGUCAGGCAGGAGAGCAGCGUGCUCUACCUGCAGGGCACCGUGCAGGUGCAUGGACCUCUCAACGGGAGCGUGCUGACUCUGCUGGAGUCAUUCAAUUGCCUGGGCUGGCCGCUGCACGGCAACACCACGGAGCGUAAAGGCGCGCGGCUCGUGGAUGCCGGCCAAUACGCGAAGGGCGAGACCACCAAGCUCGUCUUCUUGGGUGACCUCAUCGGCGAGGCAGAAGGCUUCUCUCUGGAGACACUGUUGGUGCUCUUCUCGUUGAAGGUUCUGUUCCCGUAUCACGUGAUCCUUCUACGUGGUCGCCGGGAGGCUCGCCGUCGUGACUACAAGUCUGCGUUGUUCCGCGAAAUAUACACGAAACUAAGCGACAACGCGCGGCAGUUGAAGCUCGCCGAAGACGAGGCGCUACUUCUGCAGAGCGCCCAGGAGCUCUACCAUCGCAUCUACGACGUAUUCGAGCACAUGUCGCUCGCAGCUUUAUUGGAUGAGCGGGUGCUCUGCGUUCACGGCGCCCUGUCGAAGGCCUUCCGCUCAGUGGAGCAGCUUUCGCAGUUGCGCAAGCCCAUCAUUGUCGAACGGACGUCGGUGAAGGGCGACAACCGCUCUCUUGGCGCCUACUCCAACGUGCACGUGCGGAACGCAUUCUUCGGCACGCUUUCGGAUGCCGUACCGAACGGGUCUGAUGAGCAGUUCCACGUCGACUUCACCGAAAAGGAGCUGGCGUACUGCAUGAAGCGCGGCGGCAUUGAGAUGCUGAUCACCGCCGGCCCAACGACGGAAAGCGGCUACAGCUACGCGUUCGGCGACCGCGUGCUUCAGCUGGGAGGAUACACUCCCGGUGGCAUUUACACCGCAGCCCUGCUAAAGGAGCAGCGCAGCACGCAAUACGUUAUCACGCACAGAUCGAUCAAGCUGCCGUAA